ACCUGGUAGCGAUAGAAAACCACUGGUACUAUCAACAUAUCUCGAUGCACAAGAACACCUGCCAUACGCUGAUGAUUCCAACGCGGUAACGCCGAUGUCGGAAGAAAAUGGUGCAAUCAUCGUUCCAGUAUACUAUGCUAAUUUAGGUUCAAGGCACUCGUCGUAUACUUCGCAUCAGUCGCGUAUUUCGUACACAUCUCACGGUGACCUGCUCGGGGGCAUGACGAAAGAGAGCCGUCUGCGAAAUCGAUCAGCCCGUAACACUAACCAUUCAAUUGUACCACCUCCGAAUGCUAACAAUCUAUCCUACGCUGAAACAAACCAUAAAGGACAGCGAGAUUUCGACUUGACACAGGACUGUACAGACGAUGCCGGAAAAAUAAAACAUAACGACAAUCCUUUCAUAGAACCUGCUCAAACUCAAACUGUGGUAGAUAUGAAAGACGUGAUGGUGUUAAAUGACAUUAUUGAGCAAGCUGCUGGUCGGCACAGCAGGGCAAGUGAUCACGGAGAGGACGACGACGAAGAUGGCCCAACGUUUAAGGACAAAGCCCUCGAGUUUCUGAUGAAGAUGAUCGACAUUUUCUGUGUGUGGGACUGUUGUUGGGUUUGGCUUAAAUUUCAGGAAUGGGUUGCUUUUAUUGUGUUUGACCCAUUUGUAGAGCUAUUCAUUACGCUCUGCAUUGUAGUAAAUACACUGUUUAUGGCUUUAGAUCAUCACGAUAUGGAUCCAGAUAUGGAAAAGGCACUGAAAAGUGGCAACUACUUCUUCACAGCUACAUUUGCCAUCGAAGCUACAAUGAAGCUCAUAGCAAUGAGCCCCAAAUAUUACUUUCAAGAGGGUUGGAAUAUCUUCGAUUUUAUUAUCGUAGCACUGUCUCUGCUAGAAUUGGGACUUGAAGGUGUUCAAGGAUUGUCAGUAUUACGAUCGUUCCGUUUGCUUCGAGUUUUUAAGCUCGCUAAAUCGUGGCCAACGCUGAAUUUACUCAUUUCCAUCAUGGGCAGAACGAUGGGUGCGUUAGGUAAUCUGACGUUCGUGCUCUGCAUUAUCAUCUUCAUCUUUGCCGUGAUGGGAAUGCAGCUGUUCGGAAAGAACUAUGUCGAUAAUGUGGAUAGAUUCCCCGACCAUGAUCUGCCAAGAUGGAAUUUUACAGAUUUCAUGCAUUCCUUCAUGAUUGUGUUCCGUGUGCUAUGCGGAGAAUGGAUUGAAUCAAUGUGGGAUUGUAUGCUUGUCGGUGAUGUAUCCUGCAUACCAUUUUUCUUGGCCACUGUAGUGAUAGGAAAUUUAGUCGUGCUUAACCUUUUCUUAGCCUUGCUUUUGUCAAAUUUUGGUUCAUCAUCCUUGUCUGCACCAACGGCAGAUAAUGAGACCAACAAGAUUGCAGAAGCGUUCAACAGAAUAUCACGCUUUUCUAACUGGAUUAAAAUGAAUUUAGCAAACGCUCUCAAGUUUGUAAAAAAUAAAUUAACAAGCCAAAUAGCAUCCGUUCAACCGACAGAGCAUGGUGAAAAUGAACUGGAACUUACUCCAGACGAUAUUUUGGCGGAUGGACUAUUGAAGAAAGGAAUCAAAGAGCACAACCAACUGGAAGUAGCUAUUGGCGAUGGCAUGGAAUUCACCAUUCAUGGUGAUCUGAAGAACAAAGCAAAAAAGAAUAAACAAAUCAUGAACAACUCUAAGGACGAUGAUACUGCUAGUAUCAAAUCUUAUGGCAGUCACAAGAAUCGCCCAUUUAAGGAUGAAAGCCACAAAGGCAGCGCCGAAACGAUGGAGGGUGAAGAAAAACGUGAUGCCAGCAAGGAGGAUCUAGGAAUUGACGAAGAACUCGACGACGAAGGCGAGGGAGAUGAAGGUCCUCUGGAUGGAGAGCUGAUUAUUCAUGCAGAAGAAGACGAAGUGAUUGAGGAUUCACCGGCGGAUUGCUGCCCGGACAACUGCUACAAAAAAUUUCCUGUUCUUGCUGGGGAUGAUGACGCGCCGUUCUGGCAGGGUUGGGGAAAUUUACGUCUCAAAACGUUUCAGCUAAUAGAAAAUAAGUAUUUUGAGACAGCUGUAAUUACAAUGAUUCUGCUUAGUAGCUUAGCUUUGGCCCUCGAAGAUGUGCAUCUUCCACAGCGCCCAAUCCUUCAAGAUAUUCUUUAUUACAUGGAUCGAAUUUUCACAGUGAUCUUUUUUUUAGAGAUGUUAAUCAAAUGGUUAGCUUUAGGUUUUAAAGUAUAUUUUACAAAUGCUUGGUGUUGGCUUGAUUUCAUUAUCGUGAUGGUAUCUUUGAUAAACUUCGUUGCUUCACUUUGUGGAGCUGGUGGUAUUCAAGCAUUCAAAACCAUGCGAACUCUUAGAGCCCUGAGACCACUACGUGCCAUGUCCCGUAUGCAGGGAAUGAGGGUCGUCGUGAAUGCGUUGGUUCAAGCUAUACCGUCCAUCUUCAACGUGCUGCUGGUUUGUUUGAUAUUCUGGCUAAUAUUUGCAAUCAUGGGGGUGCAAUUAUUUGCUGGCAAAUACUUCAAGUGUGUGGAUAAAAAUAAAACUACAUUACCUCACGAAAUUAUACCGGAUGUAAAUGCUUGCAAAGCCGAAAACUAUUCAUGGGAAAAUUCACCAAUGAACUUCGAUCAUGUAGGUAAAGCAUAUUUGUGUCUAUUUCAAGUAGCCACAUUCAAAGGAUGGAUACAAAUAAUGAACGAUGCUAUUGAUUCUAGAGACGUCGGUAAACAGCCUAUACGGGAAACGAAUAUCUACAUGUAUCUGUACUUUGUGUUCUUUAUUAUCUUUGGGUCAUUCUUCACGUUGAAUCUAUUCAUUGGUGUUAUAAUUGACAACUUCAAUGAACAGAAAAAGAAAGCUGGUGGAUCGCUAGAAAUGUUCAUGACAGAGGAUCAGAAAAAGUACUAUAAUGCAAUGAAAAAAAUGGGUUCGAAGAAACCUCUAAAGGCAAUUCCUCGUCCAAGGUGGCGGCCUCAAGCAAUAGUUUUUGAAAUAGUGACGAACAAAAAGUUUGACAUGAUUAUCAUGUUGUUCAUCGGAUUCAAUAUGUUAACUAUGACACUGGACCACUACAAACAAUCAGAAACUUUUAGUGCUGUUUUGGAUUACUUGAAUAUGAUAUUCAUCUGCAUAUUCAGCAGCGAAUGUUUAAUGAAGAUUUUUGCACUUCGUUAUCAUUACUUUAUCGAGCCAUGGAAUUUGUUUGAUUUUGUUGUCGUCAUUCUUUCGAUUUUGGGCCUUGUUCUAAGUGAUAUCAUUGAAAAAUAUUUUGUAUCUCCCACACUUCUACGAGUCGUGCGAGUGGCAAAAGUGGGCCGAGUAUUGCGUUUGGUUAAAGGAGCCAAGGGUAUCCGAACGUUGCUGUUUGCAUUAGCCAUGUCGCUACCUGCACUAUUUAACAUCUGCUUGUUACUCUUUUUGGUGAUGUUUAUAUUUGCCAUUUUUGGAAUGUCAUUCUUCAUGCACGUCAAAGAUAAGAGUGGCUUAGAUGACGUGUACAAUUUUAAAACGUUUGGCCAGAGCAUGAUUUUACUAUUUCAGAUGUCAACCUCGGCUGGGUGGGAUGGUGUUUUAGAUGGUAUUAUCAAUGAAGAAGACUGUCUUCCACCAGACAAUGAUAAGGGCUAUCCGGGAAAUUGUGGUUCAUCAACAAUUGGCAUAACGUACUUAUUGGCGUAUCUUGUAAUAAGUUUCCUUAUCGUUAUUAACAUGUACAUUGCUGUUAUCCUCGAAAACUACUCGCAAGCUACGGAAGAUGUUCAAGAAGGCUUAACUGACGACGAUUAUGAUAUGUACUACGAAAUAUGGCAGCAAUUCGAUCCUGACGGUACACAAUACGUUCGAUAUGAUCAGCUGUCAGACUUGGAUGUGCUGGAACCGCCUCUACAGAUUCAUAAACCAAAUCGUUAUAAGAUUAUUUCGAUGGAUAUUCCGAUAUGCCGUGGAGAUAUGAUGUUCUGUGUCGAUAUUCUAGAUGCACUAACGAAAGAUUUUUUUGCUAGAAAAGGAAAUCCUAUAGAAGAAACAGCCGAAUUAGGUGAAGUUCAACAACGCCCAGACGAAGUUGGUUACGAACCAGUAUCAUCAACACUUUGGAGGCAGCGUGAAGAGUACUGUGCUCGACUGAUACAACAUGCGUGGAAACGCUAUAAACAGCGUCACGGAGGCGGAACAGACGCUUCAGGAGAUGAUCUUGAAAUAGAUGCCUGUGAUAACGGUUGUGGUGGUGGUAAUGGCAAUGAAAAUGAUGAUAGUGGAGAUGGUGCAACAGGUAGUGGUGACAACGGAAGUCAGCAUGGUGGUGGCAGCAUAAGUGGCGGAGGAGGAACUCCUGGUGGUGGUAAAAGUAAAGGAAUUAUUGGCAGUACUCAGGCUAACAUAGGCAUAGUGGAUAGUAAUAUAUCACCAAAGGAAUCACCGGAUAGCAUCGGCGAUCCCCAAGGUCGUCAGACGGCCGUUCUUGUGGAGAGCGACGGAUUUGUAACGAAAAACGGUCACCGUGUCGUCAUACACUCUCGAUCUCCCAGCAUAACAUCGCGAACGGCAGAUGUCUGAGCCAGGUCUCGCCCCCCUCUCUCGGAUUCAGAUUCCGAAGCACGGCAGAAAUAAUAUUUGAAAUGACAUGCAAUGUAAGGUUUAAGCAUUCAAAGAACAUCAACAGACUCUCUUAAACGCAUGCUAUCUUAUGUAAAUGUAAAAAGUCAUUCAAAAAACAAAAUGGCAUGAAACACCUCGUUCUAUACAAUGGAAAAGAGAAUCCCAAGAGAAAAAAGGUUGUUUUGCUGGUGCUGAAACACUCUAGCACAAUCAUUCAGACAGUGAACGUUAUAACAUAAUAUAAGCAUGGAAUCUAUCAUAGCAGCAAAGGGCGCCUAUCAAAAAAUAAUUAUUAUGGAAAAGAACCAAUCAUUCCUUUGUCGCUAAAUCCCUUGACACAGAUAUUAAGUCCAUAGCCAACAAUAAUCUCGCUCUUUUUCAUCAAAUUUAUAGCGCAAGCAACUUACAUGAAACGCGGAACAGAUUUAAAAAAAAAUCAAUACAAACAUUUGUUUAUGUUACAAAUUAUUCAAUGAUCUUACAAUAGACACUUUUUAUAGAUACUUUGAGCCAAUUGGUCUCAUUUGCCUCUUACAAUUCACACAUAAACCAAACAACAACGUACACUUAUUAUUAUUGUUUUAUUGCAAUAUAAACAUAGCUUGGUUGAUCAAAAAUGCCUUCGUUUGACUGAGUUUGUCAAACCUGCUUUCUGAAAGGUAUUUUGUCUUAAUAUUACUUCUUUUUAGCACUAGUAAAGGUCCCAUCACAUUGAGGAAUAUGGAAUAGAAUUAUUACGUCAUAACGCUUUUCACAGCUUUAAUCUCAGCCAAAAAUUAAUUGCUCCUGGCCAAUGUAGAUUCUGUCAAGACAGUGGCGGAUUUAGGGUAUCGGGGGCCCUGGGCGGUAAGACGAGAUGAGGCCCCCUGUAAAUGGUAAAUGGUUAGCGGGAGUGGGGUGCAAAGGAAUCGCCAGCGUCAGCACUCCAACGUACAUCCUUCCGGGGCCCUUGUCGCUAGUACUCUGUAGUGUGCAGUAUGUAUAAAAGUGGACAGACUAGCGAUUUACGGGGCCCUUAAAUUGGCAGGGCCCCAGACGACCGCCUAGUAUGCCUACCGUUAGAUCCGCCGCUGUGUCAAGAAGGAAAAUCAGCACUCUCAAAGUGUACAACGGUGGUUUCUUGAGUAAGAAACACAUAAACCAGGUAUGAGAGUUUCUUCCCAAAACUAAUUCAACACAAACAGCCGUACUGGCGAACUCGUUCGACGAGAAACAUUCGUCGCUCAUGAGUGGACAGGGUUGUACCACUAGGUUGGCCAGUACAAAAUCUAUACGAUUUUCUAAUUUUUGAUCUAGAGGGCUAUGAAAUGAGUGAAAAUGAGCGUCGCGGCGAACGUUCCCAGGAACGAACGAGUUCGCCGGUAUGGCUGAAAAUAGUUAUUUACAUGAAUCACAACCAAUAACAGAAAGACAUGUUUUACAUAAAAUUCCGUUCCAUUAUUCCGAGUGUGUUUCUACAUUUGCGGAGCAGAUUUUUCUGUCAAAUGAGAUCAGCGACAGAUAAAUUCCGAAAUUAUUCCUGUAAUGUAAUUGGGCUUUUAAGUAUACUCAUAAGUGCGUAUGCUUGUGUAAAGUAAAACUUAAUUUCAUGAAAAUUUUCAUCUAAACCUUGUGAAACCCUUAUCAACAAUAGAACAAAAAAUAAGGAUGCAAUAAUACAUUUUUAGCACAAUUUCAAAUGAAAUAAACCGAUUUAUUUAGACGAACCAACUAUAUUAUCAUCUUUUUUUUAUUUGCCGCAACAACUGUUGUCGGUGAACGCCAGCCGAAUAAAUUAUAAGCAUAGCUGUAUUUGAUUGAUUAAUGUACUAGUCAGUCAGUCCUGCCUAUGGGGAGCUCGGUCGAUUCCAUUAUAUGGUCGAUAAUGGGCAUGUUCUGAGGUUUUAAUUUGUAUGUAUCUGAUAUUCCAAUUAUAUUUUAUUUUUCGUUGAAUAUAAACUCACUGAAUUAUAGUCGAGCAAUUAAUGCAAAUGAUUUACAUUAGCAGUUAAAAUUAUAUGUUAAGAAUAUCAAAUCUACAUAAAUUCAAUUUUUUUGUUAAUUUCUACUCGGUAAAUCUGUGUGUGUUUUCCACUGUUACAAAUAAAUGAAUGUUGCUUACCUAUGUAAGCAGAAACUUUAUGAUUUAAGCCGAAUUAAAUCCGCAAUUCAAGGAUAAUAUCCUACGGCCUUACGCUACUGUGGAGGAAUCAUUUAAAAAACAAAUUUUCCAUGACCAAUAGAGAAUUGUAUGAAACCUGUGAGUAAUGAUUUGUACUCCUUAUGCUAUGUUAUUUUAAACAAAACCAGCCAAAUUAAAUAUGCCAAUAUUAAUUGAAACACAUUCACAUGCGCAUCUAACCAUCAAAAUGCAACUACGUCAAACGAAAUCUGUCUCACACUAGCAAAGCAAAAUCAAGCUUGGCCAAUUUCAUUGUUAAUAUGUUUCUGCGUGCAAUCAAAAAGCCACCAACAAAGAGGAAUGAGAGAUAUAAAUGAUUUUGGAAAAUAUUAAAAUAAGGCAUAAUCAUUUAUAUCGAAGUGCAAAUAAACAAAAAUCAAAUGCGAGGGGUCGGGGCGAGCCUUUAAAUGUAAUGUUUAUAAUUAUUGAAAUUAAAUAGAAAUAAAUUAUACCUACUCUUAUACACUAAAAUAACAUUCCAACAUAAGAUCACCGGUUCAUAAUCAAAAACGGACAUUUCAACAACAUGGACAGAACCUACAAAAUAUAAUGCUUUUAACAUUAACGAAUAUUGCCAGCAUAUGAACGUCCGUAACAUUACAAUGCGAUUGGUUCUUGCUAAAGAGUGGCAAGAAAAGUAGAUAAAUCAAAGAAAACUUAAAAUAUAGAAAUAGUUUCAAAAGGAGAACAUAAUUAAUGAAUAAAUAGAAAAAAAAACAAAGCCAAGGUUUGUCCAAGUUCCGUUGUGAACAUAUUUUUAUUAUUUUUGAGCCGGAAGCAAUUUACUUAGUAUCUAGACGAUACGAAGUAUUAAAAGGAGCUUCAUGUAACGAAACUGCUAACGAGUAUGCAAGAAUAAAACGCAAGUGUUAUGAAACUCUAUCGAUGAGUGGCAAGAGGUAAAUGCUUGAAUAGAAGCAUUAUAGGCAGCAGAAGUUAAUCAAAAGGCUUAUAUAUCAAUCAUUUUUAGACAAAAACAACCUCUGAAUAAUGAGAUAACACAAAAUGCAAAUGAAAGCAACUGAAUGGUUGAUAAGCUUGGUAAAUCAGCGUUACACGCAUACGCACCAACAAACAAACAAAAAAGCAAACAACGUCGUAAGGUUGCUAUAUCUUAACACGAUAUUUCUUUAUAUGUUAUAGGUUCUCUUUUUACUGAUUGCUUCAUCAGAAUGCUUUUGUGAUAUUUAAUAAAAACUAAGACAUAGGGAAGAAAACACACAAAUGCUUUUGGUAGUGUCGUUUCCGACUUGGUACGGAUAACAAACAGAACGGAUUAGCCUUCUGCAGUCGUUUAUAAAGUGUAUUAACUAUAGCCUAAGCCGGUUUUAAACAUUGGAAAUCGCUCCUUAUAAUUAACAUCCCAAUUUUAUAGAUUCACAUGCAUCGUUAUAGUUUGUAACAAAAUAUUACGUAUGAAACACUGCCACAGACAUGCAUUCGCUCACUUUACAGCACCUAAAGCUUAUCUCUUACCAUAUCGUUGAAGCAUAGCGAUUUUCGAGAUUAUUUUUACUGUUAAAUUAAAUUUGAAAUACUUGAAUGUUUUUUUUUCAAAUCAUAAUCCUUAUAUCGCUUCCAUAAAUUCAAACAUAUAUACUACUAACAAUGCUCACUACAUUGUGAAUUACGAUUACAUGAAUAGCUGUGCAAAGAGAUCGUUAGAAUGUUUAUGUCGUUCUUUUAAACAUAUUCUGUUCUUUCAAAUAUUUUGUCAAGGGUAUUAUGCUUUUACAUUGAAACCAUCAAACAAGAAAAAUAAUAGAGACAAAGGGUAAUCCUGUAGCUAGGUACAACUUCGCUUGUUAAAAAUUGAAUGUUGGUGAGUGUAUAAUUGCCAUUCAUCAAAUACUUUACGUAAACACUUCGAGUACAUUAACUUCGUAACUUCGAGUACAUUAAAGAGAACGCCCACCAACACAGGUACUGCAAAACAUGGGUCGCAACACAAACAUAUACCAAAGAUUAAAAAUCAAUCUCUUACAAAUUCAUGCAAUCCCAGUGGUAUGAAAAAGGCAAAAUAAACUUUUAACAGCUUCGGUUGUCAAGACAUGAACAGGCAAGAAAUUGAUGGAAAUAAGCUAUUAAAAAUUUCACAUAAUCAACAUUAACUUACCCUUAGUCAUGCAAUAGUGAUGGAUCAUACGAUUCAUUUCACGAUCCGACCUGGAGUCGGGUACGAGUCUGUCGGAAUCGAUUCCGACCCGUGGGUGCAGGGGUAGACCAAGGUCGGAGUCGGAAUCAAAUCCGACCCGAGGGUGCCGCGAGUUCGAGGCGGUCCUAAUGUUCAGAGGUGGCAGAAAGCAUACGCGAUUCCAACCCGUUGGUACAGCGAUUUCGGGUCAGAUCGGGUCAAAGCAGGUUCAAUACUACUCGGGUCAAAGUGCGCACCCAAGGGUCGGACUGAACCUACCUUGGUCGGAUCCGACCCGAACGGCGCGAAGUCGCUUAUGCUCUUGCACCUAACGGAAUCGUUGCACCUAUUGAACUUACUUUUACCUUUCGGGUCGACCCGUGCAGCUCCUGUUUGCUUACGGAUGGCUUUGACCAGGUAGCUUCGAGUCGACCCGCCCGUCACUAAGGCACAAGUGUUCUAGCAUAAACAUUCCUUUACAAAAUCACAUAUGCAAACAUAUUUCCACAAGUCAGACAUAAAUGUUCAAUACGGAUUGCUGUUAAGACCAUACAAAACAAAACAUUAAUAGCGAUUCAAAGUAAACCAAUAGCACAUAUUACAGAUGCUUUCUAAUUUACGUUCACACAGCCUAUAUCUUUGCUGAAGAAUCUUUCCGUUCCACCAGAAACAAGUGUCGAAAAAAUUCCCCAUUUUACGUUAACACAUCACGAAUCUUUGUCGGAAACAAACAUCGUAAUUUUAUAAAAUAUUUUGUAACAUCGCCGGUUUUUUAAGUAAACCAUAAUAUUCCACCGUUAGGACACUUUGACCUUGGAAAUCGAAAAAGCAAUCGAAAAAUCAAGUUUAAAUACGAAAACACAGAAUUAUUCGCUCCACCUGUUAAAAUAUCGCCAUAAGAGACAAUUGCUAUCUAUCCAGCGAUAGAUAGCUAAGAUAGCUCGAAAAAGAUUUACCGAAGUUUACUUAACUACCCCUGUUAAAAGUGUGUUUAGUAGAUUUUUUUUUAGAAAAAUAUGGGUAGUGUAAACGUCCUUAUAACUAUGUUUUGUUUUAUUAUAUGCCUCAAUAAAUUAUUACAUUAUUAUUACAAUUUCAUAAAAAAUAAGGAGCAACAAUCUGUUAACAGUAAAUCUAUCGAUUUGUUUUACUUUUACAUCUUUCUUAACAAAAUAUCGUGAGAGGUCCGUGAAACAACCCAUCUUGUAUGGAAUAAAAAAUGUUCGCUUGAAGGGGUAGGGAUAAUCUCAUCCCAAAAAUAGUAUGAUGAAACGAGAAACAAUUUCGAUGUAACAAAUUCGGAUACAAAAACAGCAAAACGCUAAACAAGUGAAGAUAAUAAAAGCGUGAACAUGAAAGAAGCCACUUAGCUAGAAUUAAUAAUACAGGUAAUGUUUUCGUAAAAUUGCGCAUAUUGUCGAUUUGCUCACUGUCUAUUUGUUAGCGCUAGAGCUGAACGUGCAUACAUACUUGUGCUUUUGUAAUACUUGAAAAUAUCCGAUUUUCUGUCUUACGGGAAUUUAAAUUCGAAACCAAAUUCGAAGGACUAAAUUGACUCGCAACAAGUGAAAAAUAGAUAGAUUUAAAAACACAACAACAGAAGCUAUUGAAUCAAGUGUAUAUCUUAAAUUUAAAAAUAAUUAAAUAAAUUGGUAUGAGAAAUAAACCACGAUAAAAACUUCAGGUUUAAAAAAAAUCACGCUCUCAAACAAUGGACAUUUCAAUAAGUUAAAUUAUGCGGGGAAUAGAUCUAACAACGAUUCACGCCGAGAACUAGUUACUUUAUUGUAAAAAACCGGCAAGAACCACAAAACGUAGAAGUAACUGGAUUAACCCAGUAAACGUUUAAAAACACCAGGCGCGCUUUUAGCUGUACUUAAUCACCUUUAAUAAUCAAGAUAAAUUGUGACACAAACAAAAUUAUUGCACUCGCAUGCUUUCGCAUCAGCAAUGUACAGCAUUUAAAAGCAAAAACAAUAAUUGUGGCAUGAAUAAAUAGGAGAAAAAAACGUGAAACAUAUGAAGCCAUAAUACAGAAGUUCAUUUACCACAGAUAUAUUGUAUUGAGGGAGAAAAGUCCCACAUGUCCAAAAACAAACAACAAUUUCAGUGCCUUUUCAAAAAUAAAUGUGCAAGAAAUAAAAUUCCAAAGUCGAGCCAUGACAUUACAAGGAUUCAAUUUGAAACAAACGGUAUGAAUCGAAAGAAUGGACAAGUAUUCGCUUAUAUCUAAAGUGCAAGAAACAAGAACAUUCUAUCGCGAAAUAUAUAACUGGGACUGGAAUGUUUUUAAUCACGUAUGAUUUCUCUAAAGAUCCAUAAAUGAAGGUAAUAUGCAUAGUUGAACAAACAUUACGAAUCGAUAUUAGAGAUGAGAAGGACUCAAUACAGCAACAAAAACAAACCAAUGUAAAAUAAUCAUAAUCACGCCUCCUCUGUUAUACAUCAGCUUCUUUGUUAUUGUAAUAAACCCGAUACGCGAAAGGAAACCAAAGAAACAAACUUUAUAAACAUUCUUCAAGUUAUCAGUUGCGUUGGUAAGCUUUUUAUGUAGCACAUUGUCAUUUUUUAAGCAGAGGAUAGUUUUUCUUUAAUGUAUUGUUAAACCUGUUUUUAAUCACCAGCUAUAAGUUUUAAAAAUAUUUAUUUUAUUUCAAGACCCUUUAGAACUACUAGACAUUGAAGUAUUAUUAUAAGAGCCAGUCCACAUGAUUUUCUAAGCAAUUGCUACGGCUAAAAGCUACCUAGGUAUAAAAGAUUUUGUCCAGCAGGGGUGGAUGCAGUGAUUCUUUCUAGUAUAGACUAAGAAGGAAUUGUAUUUGCGUAUGCCAAAUGGAAGCAAAUAUUUCAAUAGCUUACAGCUUAAACGCAUUACUGAAAAUUAAGCUUGCUAAUUGAAGUAGCGAUAAAUGACGAAGUAAUUAACAAGAUAAUCUAUUCAAUCGAACUCGACCAAGUUCACUCGUUCUAGCCAUAUUAUGUACAAUCAAGAGAAAUGUGAACGCCACUUCAAGCGAACAUUUAUUGCAGAUGGAAAAAAGACAUAACUGUUGCAACAAAAUGAUUGAAAGCAAUCGAAUUAUACAGAAAACACUACAGAAAAAAAUGACAUGCAGAAAUGAAGAUACAAACAAAACAUAUAAAAGAACUGUGAACGGAAUAAUAACGAAGAACUAUGAACAAAUGGUGAAAAAAACAAUAGUUUGGAAAUCUCACACAUUAUGCUUUGUGAUAAAAAAUAUCACCAGAAUAUCUUAAAAAGCACCAGCACACUGUGUUACGAAAUUUCUUGUUUAUUUAUGUGACGUCAUUACUUAAAUAAAACUUGUUAUGAAUUUAUUGUAAUUAAUGAUGAAAUAUCCAAUUAUCAGCUACUUCAUUUCUGGUGUUAUUAAUUAAACUGUUUGCAAAAGUUGUUUUCAGUUAUAGUACAAAGUAUAAGAAGAAUCAAUAUACACAGCUACUUCCCCAGCUAUGAGUAUUACUUCUACUUACCAUUGCUUAUAGAGAGAGCCUACCUGUUUCGAAAAAUCAGUAAUGAUAUGCUAAAAACAAGUGCCAUUUUUAAUAUAAUUCAUAAUAGUUUGUAUUCAUAACAUUAUAUUGCUUAUGUUUCAAUAGCUUAUCAUUGUCCCCUUGUCCGAAUCGAUUUUGGAAUAAGCUAGUUGAAUGUACCUAGAUCGCCUUUUGGUUUUGUACAACGUGUUGGAGAUUAUGGAAAAAAGAGAUAACCGAUAUCAAGAAUUAGUCAAAUAGGCUUUUUUUUAUUUAUUCAAAAUCUGUGACAUAACUAUGAAUUGUAACAGCACGGAAUAUUUCGUGACCAUUUUUCUUCUAUAAAAUUCUGCAACACAUGUCAUAACAAUACGAAAUGUGUCCAUGGCAUAAAAUGUGUACAAGAACUGCACACGCUACAAUAAAUGUAGCAGGGAUCGUUUUGUAAAUGGUGUAUACAUCCUUUGCACUUGUACUGGAAAUGUUUAAAAGUAUACUAUAUUCCCCACUUCUAAACAUAUCACAGCUAAAGCAAUGUUCUUUUUCUUACUUACAUUGGAAUAGAUCGAUUUCAUAAUUCCUUUGAAGUAAAAGUCCUGGUUGAAAACUGUUCACGAAACAAUUCCGAGGUCAAAUUCUAUGUCUUCCCAAUAGAAUUUGGCUUCACUGCUAAGAUUCAUUGAACUAUUUUUUAAAAAUAAUUUUCUACUUGAUAAUUUGUAUGCAAAAAGUCUGUCAGACCCAGGUUUAAAAUUUUUAUUGCGAAGCGUAUUUGAUAGAUCAUUUUUUGUUUUUUAACAUAUAUGUAUCAAAAGUUCUCUAAUAUGUUAACUUGAUGCUAUUUGACUUUUUGUUUAUAUAUUUCCCGAAAUAUUGUUUUAACAUAAUGUAUCAUGAACUCAAAUCUAUACUUGGAAUAGUUCAAUAGUUAGAUAAUGUCAGCAAUUUUGUCAUUCUGAAUCCCUACUAUUUUUUUCUACUUUUUUAAGUAAGUGUCGUUAUUUAUUUGUAAACAACAUCUCAACUCCCGUUGUUUCAUUGAAUUAUUUUAUUUAAAGGGUUCCGGUCUGCCUUUACCUAUUUUCAAACCCAGUUUUAAGUUAAAAAACAAACUUCAAAGUUAAAAUUUAAAUACAAAAACCAGAAGGCAAAACCAAAACUAGAUUAAGGUACAUUUUUAGUGAUCACCAAACAAAUACCCUGUUAAAUUUCAUGUCAUAGUGAAUUUUCCUUCCCCUGCAUCUAUCAAAACAUCACAUGUACAACAUGAAACAUUUGUUUUCAAGGUGUUAAUAUAUAGCUUUUUUUCGAAACAUCAUUACACCAUAUCUCAUUUUUAAUUAGAAAACUGCACCAAAAUUGGUCUACUCUACCAGUUAUGAAGCUAAUAGCAAUAUAUUAUGUAACAUAUUUUACUAUGUUCUGUAGGCAUGUUACAUCCCAUUACAUAGCUUACAUCUUUUUAUUAAAAUCUGAAAGUAAUGCGAUUUUUCUCUUUUAUUGAUAGCAAUACUUGCAAGUCUCAAGAUUCCAUCAAAAACAUAAAUUCACAAGAACAAAUCCUACAAAUUCACAUAAACAACAAUUUCACAUAGAACAACAUGAACUGUCUCAUAAAUCUGUAAAGUAUUUUGGGAAACAGUAACAAAACAGACCGCUAAUGAAAACGAUGAUGCUACUGUAUGAGCGAUGAAAACACAACAAAAGAUUAUAGAUUUAUUAUCCAUUAUGAUUAUUGUAAAAGAAAAAAGUUGUUGAAGUUUGUACAAAUAAAAUAAAUGAUAAAAUAUAGAACUUGACUGCUUUA